AUGCUUGAUCGAGCCAUUUCACACAAAGAGUGCUUGCACCUUCUGCAAGCAAGAGUUGCGCAGCUAACCGUCUCAAGCGUUGCCGCUCUAUCAUUGUGUCUUGUCGUCUUGUAUCUCUUGACAGCCAGCACUUAUAAUGCGUAUUUCCAUAAACUUGCCGCGUUCCCAGGACCUCUAUUAGGAAGAUGCAGUCUGAUCUGGCGAAUCUUUCACUCUCAGACUGGCCGCUUUCACUACGCCAUCCAAGAGCAGCAUCGCAGACAUGGGCCCGUUGUCCGAAUUUCUCCCAAUGAGCUCUCCUUUGCUUCAGUGGAGUCGUGGAAGGCAAUCUACGGCCACCGCGCUGCAGGCGCAGCACCAGUGAUCAAAAGCGAGUUUUACGAUAUCUAUGGCGCAGGCUUCAAAUCAUUAUGCAUUGGUAGUGAGCGUGAUCCUCAUAAGCACGGCCAAAUGCGCAAAAUGCUCUCUGCUGCCUUUUCCACAAAGAUGUUGCUGGACCAGGAAGAUAUUAUUACCAAGACAGUCGACGCUUUCGUACAUCGGCUUGGGGAAGAUCGUUUCCGAACUGAGGGUCUCAACAUGACCAAGUGGUAUGAGAUGAUAGCCUUUGACUCCUUGGGCGAAAUGGCGUUUGGCGAAUCCUUUCAUAGUGUCAAAGCUGGAAAGCCACACAGCUGGUCGGAGAUCAUAGUCAGCCAUCUAUACUUCAUCACACUGGUUGACAACCUUCGUCGUCUCCCUUUUGUGGCUACAGUAGCCCGCGUGCUACUCCCGUCAACUCUUGCUGUCCAAAAUCAGAACUCCCAGUAUAGCCGGAAAAAGGUCGAAGAACGUCUAUCCAAAAAGUCAAACCGCAAUGACUUUCUGUCUACCGUUGUCAAGAGUUACGAAGUGGGAGCUAUCAGCAAAGAAGAGAUGACUGCCCAUGUGUCAACUUUGACAAUCGCGGGUGGCGAGACGACUGCGACAUUCCUUGCCGCGGCAACAUACUAUCUGCUCCGAAAUCCAGCGUGUCUACUAAAGCUUCAAACAGAGAUAACGGCAAACUUCUCUUCAUUCGAAGAGAUCAAUGCCACUGCAGCUCGCCAGCUCCCAUACUUGCAAGCCGUCAUCAGCGAGGGCCUUAGGCUGUAUGCACCGGGCUCUCAGGGGUUUCCGCGAUUAUCGCCAGGCAUGAAUGUCGGCGACAUCUACGUCCCAGCGGGUGCUGAGGUCUUCACGCACGCGUGGACUCUGACGCAUAGCGAAGGGUAUUUCUCUGACCCGAAAAGCUUCAAGCCUGAACGCUGGCUAGAUGCGGGAUCCACAGAUGUCCGCGAGGCUAGCCAGCCAUUCUCUAUGGGCCCUCGGGGAUGCUUGGGACAAAACUUCGCAUACAUGGAAAUCAAUCUCAUCUUGGCCAAGAUGCUGUGGCAGUACGACCUAGAGCUGGUUGACAAAGAUUUAGACUGGGAACAGGAAAGCCAACUACAUGUGAUGUGGUGGAAACCCGCACUCAUGGUCCGUUUCACGCAUAGAACAUCUUGA